GGAGAGAAGGGAGAAGCAGAAGUGACAUAAUCUUUAGAAAAGGCUCAUGUCACACAUUUCCACUCUGAGAAACUGCAAGCUCGAAUACACCGCAGCUCCACCGCAGCGGUUAUGGCUCGGGUUUCCUUUGCAGAAAUUCUCCUGCUUCUCCUGGUAGUGCUUUUCUUGAUGAUCAAUGCUGAGGCGGCUGAGAAGAGGACAAAGAAUGUGAGGAGAAUGAAAAGAGAGUGGAUCCUACCACCGACCAAGCUGAAGGAGAACACCGUCUACAGCCAUUUGGAUUUUAUUGCAAAGAUUCGCUCUGAUAAGGACAAAGACGAAAAGGUAGAGUAUUACCUCUCAGGACCAGGAGCUGACAAACCACCCUUCAACCUCUUUGUGGUGGAUCAUGACACCGGAUUUGUAAAAAUUACUGACACAUUGGACCGGGAAAAACACUCCACCUUUCAUCUAAAAGGCCUUGCUAAAUACAAAAAUGGGUCCAUAGCAGAGGAAGAAAUUCCAUUGACAGUCAUUGUCCUGGAUGACAACGACAACCCUCCUUAUUUUGAACUGCACAGUGGAAACAUCACAGAGUCAAGCAAAAAAGGAGCCUUCGUUAUGCAGAUUGAGGGUAAAGAUGAUGACCAGAAUGGCACGCUUAAUGCACAAAUCUCCUACUCCAUCAUCAGUCAGGAGCCAAAGGGCACAGGUCACAUGUUCACUAUUGAUGAAAAAACUGGGAAACUGUAUGUUAAAGAGCCCACACUGGACAGAGAGACACAUGACUUCUACAAACUGGUUGUAAAGGGAACUGACAUGGGAGGGGCACCAGGGGGGCAAUCAGGAACGGGAACUGUAGAGAUCAAGGUCCUGGACAUCAAUGACAACAUCCCCACGCUGGAAAAAUCUGAGUAUUCCGGCUCAGUGGAUGAAAAUGUUGCUGAUGUAAUAGUGAUGAAAAUUAAAGCUCUGGACAAAGACCUUGCACACACAGACAACUGGCUUACUGUCUUUACAAUUGCCAAAGGAAACGAGGAUAAUUUGUUUUCCAUUGAGACGGACAAAAAAACCAAUGAAGGCAUCUUAAAGUUGAUCAAGCCAGUGGACUUUGAAGAACUACAAAACCUUGAACUUGGCUUGCUUAUUGAGAAUGUGGCUCCUUUUGUAGAGGGUGAUGCUAUACUUAUGGAUGUGGAUGUUCAGGUUGGGGAAGGUGGAGGUGGUGGUGGAGGUGCAGGUGGAGGGGGUGCGGGUGCGGGUGCGGGUGCUGGGGCUGGUGUUGGAGUUGGUUUGGAUGCAGGAGUAGACCUGGGAGUAGAUUUAGGUUUGGAUGUGGGGCUAGAUGCAGGGUUGGACGCAGGUCUGGAUGCCGGUCUGGAUGCAGGGCUAGAUGCAGGGCUAGAUGCAGGGCUGGAUGCUGAUCUGGAAGGAGGUGUUGAUUUGGGGUUGGAUGCAGGGCUUCAGCCAGCAGGAGGGCUUGGCCCUGGAGUUGGGAUCAAGCCUGGUGCUGGGCCUGGAGUGGGUGCUGGACUUAAGCCAGGCGUCAAACCAGGACCAGGACCACGGCCUAAGCCAAAACCAAAGCCAAAACCAAAACCAAAGCCAAAGACCAAACCACAAAGCUAUCCAAUUAAGAUAGCAGUAAACAAUGUGCCAGAGGGUCCAUCAUUUGUACCCAACACCAAGGAUGUUCCUGUGUCUGAGGACCCAAAUGAGAUGCCUGAAGGUGGCGUUAUUGCUGUGUUCAACGCUAUUGAUCCAGAUACUGGGAAACCAGCUGAAGAUGUCAGUUAUGCCAAAGCCUACGAUCCAGACAACUGGUUUACUGUCGAUGAAGAAACAGCAGAGAUUAAACUCAACAAGCAACCUGACAGAGAGUCACCAUUCUUACAGAACGGGGUCUACUAUGCUAAGAUUCUGGCUAUCACCAAAGACAUGCCAUCCAAGACAGCCACGGGAACAAUAGCCAUUCAAGUCGCAGACUCCAAUGACCACUGUCCAACUUUGACCACCACACACACCAGUCAGUGCUCCAAUGAAAGAACUGUGUAUGUCACCGGCUUUGAUGAAGAUUCCAGUCCAAACGCAGAACCAUACUCUUUCAGAAUCAUACCUGAUACUACACAGGGCAAAUGGGAUGUAGAGCUCAUCAAUGACACGACUGCUGCUCUUCAUUCUCAUGAGGAACUGUGGCCAGGCUCGUAUGAGCUGCAUGUGGAGGUGUUGGAUGCUCAGGGUCUGUCCUGCCCAUCCCCUGAGGUUUUUACUGUGGACGUAUGUACCUGUGAGGAAGCAAAGUACUGCAGCAUAAGAGGAUCCAAACUUGUCUCCACAUCAUCUGGCCUCUCAUUAUCACUCAUUGGCCCAGUCAUAAUGGCUACGUGUUUACUCCUGUUCAUCCCUCUUAUCUUGCUGUUCUGCCAAUGUGGAGGAGCUGGCACCAUUUUCCCUGACCAGUUCACUGAUCUGCCAUUUGACACUAAAGAACAACUGAUAUCCUAUCACACUGAAGGCAUUGGUGAAGAUAAGGAAGUACCACUUUUAAGUGCUCCCAUUAUGCUGGGUACCAAGCAAAGCAUGGAGACAACAGCAGCACCACAUUUUAACAGCCUUUCCUCAGCUAUCACAGAAACGUAUCAGACACCGCUCUAUUAUGAAUCUCUGCACAAGUUACAGGACAACAACCAGAAACUAAUGGCUGAUGGCACUUAUAGGGUUUCAAGGGAGUCAUACAACGGCAUUGAUAUUACUUCAUUGAGCAGACAAAAACAAAGUUUUGAACAAACAGCAGCUCUGUACGAGGAAAUUGCUCUUCCUGAUGCCUUACUUAAUGAUUACUACUCACAGAAAGCAGCGUGUGCUGUGCCAGUGACAGACACUCUGUUGGUAUAUGAUUAUGAAGGCCAGGGCUCAUCUGCUGGCUCAGUGGACCUCUCCAGCCUCCCAGAGUCUGACCAUGGUCUGGACUUCCUCAAUGACCUUGAGCUAAAAUUCAAGUCUCUGGCUGAGAUCUGUUCCCCUUCCCCACCAGUGGAACUCAAAUCCUCCCUGAUACCUAAACCAACAGGUGUUGUCAAAACUACAACUGAUGUUGUUGAAAAGGUUAUGAAGCCCAAGUUUCCGCCAGUUGUUGAGACAAAGCAUACUGACGUGAAGACAGAAAAAGUUGUAUCAUCUACUAACAUGUAUUCAUCAUCAUCAUCAUCAUCUGUCAGUACAGUAAGCCCUACUUCACCAUCCAUGACUUUUCCUCACUCCAGGUUUUCUAAUAUGAGUCAUUCAACUAACAUUAGUGAUUCUACUAAACUGACUUAUCCAGCUCAGACAGUUGUAUUACAACAGCAGCCGAUUUAUUACACUACCAGCUCUGUAGUGCAACCCCAGCACUAUGUAGUUGCACCAAAUCUACAGAGCACAGUUCUGGUAGAGGGUGGAUCUCAAGGAACCAAUUUUCCAGGCCUAUUUCUAAUCAAUGGUCCCCAAAGUCCAUCUGGACUUGUAAUCAGUGGAGCCCAAAGCUCUCUUUCAGGGCUGGUUAUCCAGGACACCAAAGGCUCUAAAAGUCUUAAAAGUCCUGUAAGCACUACAAGUCCAAUCGGAUCCACUGUGCUACUACCUAGUAGCCCAACUCUGACCCAGGGCUCUGCUCCUUUGGCAUCUGGUCCUUUGGCAGGCUGGAAAAUAAUGGGACCAAAUCCCAGUGGUAACUAUAUGUUACUAAUGGAUAAGAGUCAUCCAGGUCAGGUAGAUGAGUCUGACCCAGGUUCAUCUCAAAGCAUUUUGCUUAGAGAUGGUAUCCUGGCAAAAGGGGCUGCUCCCCCUCAGAGGGUGAUAGCUUUGGCAGCCCAAGGGACUGUGUACACUAGCUUGUCCGGUCAUGCUUUUGCUAAGCAUAGGGGGAUUGUUACAUUGAUAAUUCACUUGGAGCAGAUAGUGCAAAUUAGUUUAGAGUCAUUCACUGAUCUGAAAUUUCUUGCAAGACAACCUGGUGUGUGGAAAAGCCAUGUGGUGGUAGUUACCUCAGAACACAGACAGACGAAUACUUGGUCUGUUUGGAUAAAUAAAGUUCAUCCUAUUCAGGUCAGCAUUAACUAUUUCCAAGGAAAUUAUUCAUUACAGCCAAUUCACACUAGUUAUACUCCAAAGCCAUGUAGGCAAGAAUUUAAAAAAAAGUACAUGGUAGUUAAAAUUUUGAGAAAAAAUGGAGGUAAGAAUAUUUCUAAACCAAGACACACCAUUAAGAUAAUGUGUCUUUUUUUUAGGUGGUAUAUCCUAAAUAGAUUAUUCAUAAAAUCCAAACAUUGUGAGCAGUGUGAGGUGGGCUUUUCUAGCAUCUUAAAUAGAGACAUUUUAACUUGUGGUGUUGUGGUUUAAAGAUCAUUUUAACUCAGUUUUUUAUCUUGAUGUUUUCUCUUAAUACUAAAGAACACCCAACCCCUGUUUUCUUUUCAACAUUAUAUUUUUACUAAUUUCUCUUGUCUUUUUUAUAAUCAGGAAUUAUUCAGUCCACUCUUUGUAUUACAACCUAUAAUUAAAAUAAGUAUAUUCUGGGAUUUUAUGUAAUAAAACUACAUUUAAUUAAGAACUGCUGCUGCCAGUAAUGUGCAUGAGGUCCACCAGUAGUUUAGUGUGAAAUCUAGGAGUCAUGCACCCUCAUAUUAUCAAUAUCUGUUGUUAUAAAAGGCCCCAAAAGUCUGCAUCCUUCAACAGCAAGCAGCAUAAUGAAAACCAAGGAGCCCUCCCGACAUGUGAUGAAGUACAGACUUGGGUUGGUUUAUAAAAAAAUGUAAAAAAAAAAAAAUAAAUAAAUAAAAAAAGAGAGAGAAAGGGUUGCACAUAUUAAAAUCUGCAUACAUAUAUGUCAUAUUGCUUUUUAAAUUUAUAUUACUUUAUGUAAUCUUCUUUUAUGGUUAUUGGUGCUUUUAUUUUAUCACCACUUUUAGUGAGAUACAGUGGUAAUGGGUUGGUAUUGGGAAAGCAGCAUUGGUGAUCCUUUAGUAAUUAAACACUCAUAUUUUUUAUAAAGCAUCAAAGGUCAGAGCCAAAAACAUCAUGUGUACAGAUUCUGUAAGAAAUCAAAAAUAAUCCAUAUGAACCUUCUGGAGUUUUGUGCAAAUCAUCUUUAACAACUGUUGCAUUCUUUCAAAUGAACUGAUGUUUGUUGGCCAACCUAAUCAAUAAUACUUAUUUUUCUCUUGUUUCUUUAUUUUGUUGUGGACAGUUGUGUUUGUCAUGUUCAAGUUCUGGAGGGAAAUGUUUGCUUGUUGAUUCCAUAUUAUACAAUAUAAUGAAUAAAAACCCUUCACUGUU